UCACAUACGUUUUUCACUCUACGUCCCUCUUGAUCCAGUUGUCUAGCAGGUCCAAUGUAUGCGCAAAACUCUAUGUUCGCUAGCUAAGUUCUAUUUCUCCGGAUCUUGUAAAGCUCUAGCUUGUGAAUGAACCGAUUUUCUAUAAUGCUACAUGGAACCAGCUAUUGCCUGGGAAAAAUUGAAAUAGAUGUUCUUUCUUCUAGAGACAAUGACAUGAUGUAGAAGGGAAUGAAUGAAUGGUGAUGAUAUGGCCUGCUUAGUAGACUUAUAGAAACUGGCAGUAUCAUUAACCUUCAAUCUUCGGGGAUGCCCACGGUCCCACAAAGUACUACCGACAUCGGCUAAGACUCUCUGGGUUGAGUCACCACUCCCGGAGCGGGAGAACAUCCGAUGUCCCUCCCCCACUAUCACUAGACGGGAAAGUCUGUGUCAUACCCAUGAGAUAAACUAUCUACUAUCUUUAUAAGCAUACGCUGGGCAAUUGUGAAAUUCUUCAUUUUCUCUCCGCAACAUAUCGGUCGGGGAACUGUCAAUUGACCUUCACAUACAAUGUCUUCCAACAAGAUCUGGCUUCGUGCUGAAACCAAGCCCGCCGAGGCUCGGUCUGCUUUGACCCCAACUACUGCCAAGGCUCUUAUGGAUGCUGGCUAUGAAGUGACUGUAGAACGCUCUACACAGCGAAUCUUCGAUGAUGAGGAAUUCGCAAAGAUUGGUGCCCCACUAGUUGAGGAGGGAUCCUGGGCCAAGGAUGCUCCCAAGGAUGCAUACGUUUUGGGUCUCAAGGAACUGCCCGAGGACGAUUUUCCUCUUGAACACGUCCAUAUUACCUUUGCCCACUGCUACAAGAAACAGGGAGGCUGGGAGAAGGUUCUCAGCCGGUGGCCUCGUGGAGGCGGAACCCUCUUGGAUUUGGAGUUCCUCACUGAUGAAGUUGGACGGAGAGUUGCUGCUUUCGGCUGGUCGGCCGGUUAUGCCGGUUCCGCAUUGGCCGUGAAGAACUGGGCUUGGCAAUUGACUCAUCCUGAGGGCGAGCCUUUGCCCGGUGAGGUUCCGUACGCUAACCAGGAGCUCCUGACUCAGUCCGUGAAGGAGUCCCUGGAAGCUGGCAAGAAGCAAUCCGGCCGGUCCCCCAAGAUUCUUGUCAUCGGAGCUCUUGGACGUUGCGGCAGCGGUGCUGUACAACUUGCCAAGGAUGUUGGUAUCCCCGAAUCUGAUAUCAUCCAGUGGGAUAUCGAGGAGACGAAGAAGGGCGGUCCUUUCCAGGAGAUUGUCGACGCAGAUAUCUUCGUCAACUGCAUCUAUCUUUCCAGCGAGUCUAUUCCCGCAUUUGUCAACGUUGCAUCUCUCUCUACCCCUAACCGCCGUUUGUCUGUCAUUUGUGACGUGAGCGCUGAUACCACUAACCCCAACAACCCUAUUCCCGUGUACGAUAUUACCACCACUUUUGACAAGCCCACAGUGCCUGUCACCCUGCCGGCGGGAACGCAAGGCCCCCCUCUUAGCGUGAUCAGUAUCGACCAUCUCCCCUCGCUUCUCCCUCGUGAAAGCUCCGAGAUGUUCAGUCAAGCACUGCUUCCUAGUCUGUUGCAGUUGAAGGAUCGGAAGAACGCUCGCGUCUGGACGCAAGCAGAAGAUCUGUUCCAGAAGAAGGUUGCCACUUUGCCAUAGAUAAUUUCGAACAAAAAGCAAUUUGGCAGGGAAUUCUGCGUACGGUCUCCAGCGAUGCUGUGGAACGGUUCAUGAAAAAGUCUAUCUAUAUACCAUGUCG